UUCCGGCGGAUCUCGUAGGCGGGGCCACAAUGUGUUCCCGCGCCAGAGUCCGUGUGGCGUCGCCCCUUUCUCCUGUGUUUCCUCCUAUAGUACCACGGUACCCCAUGGGUGUUUAGGCCUUACGCCUUCGUGGUAGUUGAAGUAUAAAAAAAUCCAAAAUUAAUGCAAUAAUUGCAAGUUCAUCCUCUGAAAAUUUUGCCAUCUUGACCUCACGUGAACACAACUGCACUGUCAGAGCACGGAGAAAAAUACUGACCGGUGUCAUGUCACGGCUGAGUGUGAAUAGACCUUUAUGCUACAAAAAUAUGCACGGGAAGUCGCUGCAAGUAGUCGAUGACCUCAAAAAGAAAUGGAAGAACCUGAGAGACACAUAUAGUAAGGAGUUAAGGAAAAUGUCUGAAUCCCGGUCGGGUGAUUCAUCUUCGAAUCAUGAACCAUCCUGGAAAUACUUCACGCUAUUAGGAUUUUUGAAAGAUCAGUUCAUGCAUUUAACUGCUGAAUCAAACUUAGAUGAAGGAGACAGUGAAAUAAUCAAUAAUGGAGACAAUGAUGAUAUAUCUGUAAUUUUAAAUGAAGUAAGGUCACCACCUUCACCGAUUGAACCCUCUACAUCUAGUACUCAAAAUUAAAAAAAAAGCGACAAAAUCUACAACAUAUUCGAGCACAGUAUUUAGAGAUUAAGAGAAAAAAACUGAAAAUUUUAAAAAACGAUAUCUCUAAAAAUACACAAAUUGACAAUGAAAAAAAAUCAGAUGACUACCAUUUUUUAAUGAGUAUUUUGCCUGAAAUGGAAAAACUACCUACUAUACAAAAAAUCAGGUUAAGAAAUAAAAUUAACUAGGCUCUUUUAGACGAAAUAAGUAUCACAAUAUAUGGUGAACCUUAUAAGCAAUACUUUUAAUAAGGAAUAGAGUACCUACACAAUUAACAUCGAAAAGACUGUCUGAUUAUAAUUCAUAAUGUUUUAAGUGAACCUAAAAGGCUGAUUAGAAAGUUAAGAAAUUAUCUUAUUUCAGUUUUACAAAGAAUUAAAGUUAUAUAAAUAACAUAAUUAUUGUGAAGUAUUUUAAUUCCAUGAAAUAUUAAUAUACAGGUUGAAAUGUUAUUAGAUAACCAUAUUUUGGGCAAUGAUAGUUCCAAAAAAAUUUAGCUAUGAAAAAAUUCCAUUUAGACCAUAUGUGCAUGUCUUUUUGAGAAAAGUUGUUCAUAUUGAUCAUUCCCCAAAAUAUGCUCAGCUAAUUAAAUUUCAUUCUUUAUAUAGAUAGGUACAUACAUUAAUGUCAAAACCAAUUUUUCACUGGCACUUAAAAUUUUAUCUGCAUUGACUUUUUUUUCAGUUCUGUUUGAAUAUUGAUUGUCGAUACUCAUUCUGGUAUACUCGAAACAUUUUUACGGAUACAUUCUGUAUUUCUCGUACUUCUUGUGGAACAGUACCUGUUUUUUCAUUUUU